GUUCCCAUGAGUGCCCCAACCAGGAGCUACAGUGUGGCCUGAGCAGGCUGAGCCAGCGCCAGUCUCGCCUACAUGACGCCGCCACACACUGGAACACAGCUGAUCUCAGGCAACAGAGGAGCAAGAAGCUGGACACUGUCAUACAGGACAAAGUAACUGCAUGAAGAAAGGAGGAGGAGGAGGAGGAUGAAAACACAAAAGAAGGAUUGAUUGUUGUGGUGUUCCAACAAACUGAAGACAUGAAGCUGUGGAAAAAAUGGGAAAAUGUAUUGAGGACUUGCUACUGAGGAACCUUGAAUGUAUAGGAGUGCAGCUGGAGUUCAGCAUUGAAUGUGGAAUCAUUUGAGGAAAGCUGAUGUAGAGUGACAGUCAAGUCUCCAAGGACUGUUUUUGUUACACUCGACCGGUUCCUGUUUUCCAGCAGGGUGAGGAACACUAUUGCUAUCUGCCGCCAUCUGUGCCGGACUGCACUAGACACUACAAGACAAAAGUCACUUCCCACUGUUGCGAUGAUCCAUAACACCCUGAAGCCUUCCCAACCGCUGGAGCACAGCCCCAGGAGCACGCACUCGGCGGCGCAAAGGCGGCUGUGGAGAUACUCGGGCUGCAGAGCGGCUGGCCAGCUGGAGAGUCAACGUCGCAGCGUUUGUGUGUUAACUGCAGACUUGAACGCCGGAGAAGGAGGGAGAGGAGGAGGAGGUGGUGGAGGUGUGAUACACACCAUCCAUGGGCUGUGCCACCUGUGCAUCAGAUGUAUGCUGCCACAGGUGACCAUCCUUCGAGGAAAGGAUGGAUAUGGCUUCACCAUCUGCUCGGACUCUCCUGUGAGGGUACAGGCUGUUGAUCCAGGUGGACCAGCCGAUCAAGCAGGUCUGCAACAGUUGGACACUCUCCUACAGCUAAAUGGUCAACCAGUGGAGCAGUGGAAAUGUGCAGACCUGGCCCAUGCUAUCAGAAACAGCGCCAAUGAAAUCAAAGUGGUGGUGUGGCGCACCGGUCCCUCGGCGAAGCCCAAUUUUGAGGGCCUCAUUCACCGGCCCUCCUACAAGCCCUCCGUCUCAAACUAUGACACCCCCUCACCCCCAACCCGCAGGCGUAUACCAGAUGUCGGCCCCAGCAAAACACCACCAGCUGUGCCGCCUCUCCCCGCUCACCACCGUGCCACUGCGACCCGCAGGCUGCUGGUCAACGGCUCUGAACCUGGAAAUAGCAGUGUAGGCCUGGGGACGCUUGCAUGGGGGGCUCAGGGCGGCUCAGCGGAGGAACUGGACGGGAAGCCGCGGCACCUCCACCACCCUCACACUGCCACACUGAAGGGCACCAGGGUCAAGGCGUCCAACGGGGACAACUACAUCAUCCUGGCACCCAUCAACACUGGAAGCCAGAUCUUAAGGCCUGUUUACCAAGACAACCAGGGAACAUUAGCUGCCAGGCUGUACACCACACGACAGUCUUCUAGCCCACAACCCCAGGGUGGCGGUGGUGGAGGAGGAGGAGGAGGAGGAGGAGGAGGCAGCGGCGGAGGUGGCGGUGGUGGGGGGUUUUCCAGUCGCACAGGCUUCCUAAGACGGUCCAACAACUCCAAGACAACAAAAUCGUCUUCCACCUCCACUAACUCAAACUACCAGCAGCAGCAGCAGCAGCAGAGCGCCAACUUUGCCAAUUACCAGAACUGUACUAUCGUCCGCUCACACACACCACAUGGAAAUUACGGCUACGUCAAAGUGGCACCCAAGAUCCUUAUCUUCCCCAUCUUCGUUCAGCCUCUUGACCUGUGCAGCCGAACACUCAUCAUAUCUGAGGAGAUGAUACUCCACGAGAGCAAGCACCACUCUCUCAAAGUUACAGUGUUUGUCUACAGCGACCUGAUGCUGGUGACAAGAGAGGAUGAACCGGGCAGGUGUAACGUCCUUCAGAGUCCUCUGUACCUCAGACAGCUCCGGCUUCAGGAUGAUUACCUUGAAGAGCUGAGAUUCUACCUUAUUCACAUGACCGAGAAGUGUGACUGCCUGCUGAGCCUGGAAGCCUAUUCUGCAGACCAGAAGCGCCGAGUGUGUCAGUGCCUGAAGGACAACAUAGACAAGCAGCUCCAGCUUCAGAGGAGGGAGCCUACCGUUCCACAUUUUGAGCAGAUGUUGGAGCCUAAGGUGGAUGCCCCUUCAUGUGAGCUGGGCGGAGUGGGAGGAGAUCGAGGAGGCGUUUGCCUGGACCUUCCUCCCCGCAGCUCGGAAGGCGAGGAAAGCAGUAUCUAUCCUUCAAGCCCCUCAGAGCCCCCAACCCUUGGCAGUCCUCACCCGUCAGAGCCCCUCACUCCAUUAGAUGAUAUCUAUAUGCCCCUCAGUAGUCUGGUGGGAUCUGAGGAGCGACAUAAAGUACCUCCCACACCACCUCCAUCUACUGAAGGUGAGGAUUGCAAGAGCAUGGAGGGAAAUGAGAUGGAGUUCUGGAGAGAGGUGAAGAAUGGACACAUGAAAGCGGAAGAAGAGCAGGAGGAAGAUGGAGCCAGUAGAAGGAGUGUUGUAAGUGAGGGGGGAGAGAAAGAAGGAGGAGAGGAUGAUGGAGAGAUGACUGAAGAGGAGGUCCACCUAAAUUUGAUGGUGUCAAACCCAGAUGAUGACAACGCCUCAGAGCCACCAGACACCAACGCUCCUCCUUCCUCCUCCUCAUCUUCAUUUGUCAUCCCUGAGCUGCGCCUCGAUCGCUCCUUUAGCGCCGACGCCCUCUCCUCACCCAACACCGACGACGAAGAUUAUGACGAAGACGACGAGGACGAGUCUGAAGAGGAGGACGAUGAAGGUGACAGUGACGAUGCCUACCUGCAGCGCAGUGACAGCAAGCGGCGCAGCAUGGUGGAAGGGGCCACCUGUGAGAAACAUGGAGCAGGGGGGCUCAGGGUGCAGAACUCCCUCCGCCGACGCACCCACAGUGAAGGGAGCCUCCUGCAGGAUCCGCGCACGCCCUGCUUCACCUCCGACAACGCCAUCAACUGCCUGGAGGCAGGAGCGCACCACAAGGGCGGCUGGACACUGCCGUCACCCAAAACCCUGAAGAAAGAGCUGACCAAGAACGGAGGCUCGAUGCAUCAGCUGUGCAUGCUGUUCGCUGGGAGGAAGCUGAGCUCCGGAUCCCCCUGCAGCUGUGAGGUCGGCGCCGACGGCUCAAAGAAGAAGAAAUCCAAGAAUCUGGCCAAAGACAUGAAGAAUCGACUGGCUUUCCUGCGGAGGAGGAAUGAAUCCCCAGGAAGCAACCCAGCCAGCAAGCUAGACAAGACUAUGAAGUCAGUCAAGCCCACCCCAGAGGAAGCGCUGAAAUGGGGGGACUCACUUGACAAGCUGCUGGCUCACAAAUAUGGUCUGGCAGCGUUCAGAGCUUUCCUGCGCACGGAGUUCAGCGAGGAGAAUCUGGAAUUCUGGCUCGCAUGCGAGGAAUAUAAGAAGAUCAAGUCACAGUCCAAGAUGGCCUCAAAAGCCAAGAAAAUCUUUGCAGAAUACAUCGCCAUCCAGUCUUGUAAAGAGGUGAAUCUGGACUCGUACACCCGAGACCACACCAAGGACAACCUGCAGAAUGUGACGCGCUCCUGCUUUGACCUAGCACAGAGGCGGAUAUACGGGCUGAUGGAGAAGGACUCAUAUCCCCGAUUUCUCCGCUCAGAACUCUACUUGGACUUAAUCAACCAAAAAAAGCCCAGCUCCACUUCGACGUCCUCUUCGUCAUAAGAGACGAGGAAGACAGAGAAGGACGGGAGAGAGAGAGAGAGAGAGAGAGAGAGGAAAAUUGGGGCAGACUUGAAAAAACAUAACGUGGGUGUGAGGGGUCUUAGUUUGCCUUUUUAAUACGUUUCUAUUUGUUUUUCUUUUUUGUCCUUUUUGUGUGCGUCGUCCACUGUUAUUUUAUUGUUGUUGUUUUUUAUGUCUGUGGUGUGACAUGACGUGGCUAAAGCUAUGGCACUGCAAAGGAAUGUAGUUUACACACUUACCAGGUGGAUGGAUGAGUGGAUGGACUGAUGAAUGCAUGAGUGGUAGUGACCAUAAAAAUGCAGAAGCCCCAUGAAUGAGGGCUCGGUGCAGGAGCUGGACGCUCGUCUCGAUUUCUGUUGCUUUUUUUAUUUUAGCGUCUCUCCUAAGGUCUGCGUUGUUUUUUUUGACGAGCUGUACUGGAGAAAAGGAGGGGUUACUCAAAAGAAGAGCAGACACACAGACAGUCAGGUACUGUUAUGUCAAACAUUUUCCUUUAUUUUCUUUUGAAAGUUCCACUUUAAACCCCCCUCCUUUUCCCACGUCCUAUGUGAAGCCACUUCUAAAGCUGUCGGUACGACACAAGGUCUUUUCUGCAACACUUGCUGUGAUGGAGAGAAGAAAAAAACAACAACAACAACAAAAAAAAACGUCCUCAGUCAUCUCUGUUCAAACUCUACACCCUCUCAAAGCUUCUGUAAACACCUCGUCAUCUUCAGUUCAUCGCAAGCCGGAGGAAAAGAUACUGUGAGCGUUCAGCAGAGACAGCGACGAGUCGACGAACAUGAAACACACGGGACUGGAGCUGUGAAGAGACACAGACGUGUGUGUGUGUGUCACAUGCACAUUAAAAGACAUUCAAAAUCAUAUUCGACGCCAGAGAUGGGGAAGAAAAACAACGACGACGACUUGAUUCAUGUCUCCAAAGACUGUUUACAACAAGGACUGAAAAUCUCGAGGGGCGGGGGAAGGAAAAGAUUCCACAUCGUAGCUCAUUCUGGACUAACGAGGACGUUUUCUCAGGACAUUGCUAUGACAGUCUCCACUUCUGGUUUAUCUUCUCAGCUGUUACUGUGUGUGUGUGUGUGUGCGUGUGUGUGUUUUUUUUCUACAAUGUUCCCCACCUGCACUCCGUAGUUCUCCAGAGCAAUACACGAGAGGUCGCUUGUGUCCCAGUCUCGGGCUCUGUGUUGUACAAAGGCUUCGCCUAUUUAUUUAGAUGAACUUUGCUGGAUACUUCAACAGAUACCCUCACCUCCUCCUCCUCCAAAGCACUCCGCUAAACACUCUCACUUUCCUCUUAACCACCAAACAGGUCCAAUGCUGUCCUGAACUUUAAGUGCAAUAUUUUUUUUUUGGAAUUUUAUUUUAUUAUUAUUUUCAUUUAUUUUGAAUUUUUAUGGGGCGGGGGAGAGAUGAACGGCUUAUGCUCUGUAUUAACUUUAUUUGUUAAGGAAAAAAAAUUAAAAUAAAUCAAUACUUAGAGGUUUAAGGUUGACUUACAACAUAAAAACUGUCAAGAACCAUAAGUAGGUAAAACUUUAAGCAAGUGAUUCCAAUUGUGUGUUAAACCCCCCCCUCCCAGCAGCAGGCAGCUGGGGGGAUGUCGUGGUUGUAAAUAUAAUUCUUUAAGAAAACUAUGUGAUAACACAUUAAAAAAAAAUAAAACAAAAAGCAAAAAUACUGAUAGGUCUCUGCUGGCGAGGAACGCGGGGGCCCAGCUGUGUAUCUAUGUAAAUAUGAGAGACUCAAAACUAUAAGAUGAAAUGUAUUGUUUAAAAAAUUAAAUAAAAUAAAACAUAAGGUGAGCAAGAGCAGGUACAAUCUGUUCUUUUCCCUGGUCAUACACUGCUUGUAAGGAGUUUUCUGAAAUGCAUUUUUAUCAUUUUCACUGUUUACAAUACAAAAAAAUGCAUCUCCUAUGGUAACAAGUGAGAACAAUAGAGUACAUUUGGUGUCAUUGCUAAUGAGAAAUAAACCAACCAACUGAUGAAGUUA